AUGCUAGUAUUUUUUAUCACAUUUCUACCAAUUACACUUAGUGCCAUUCUUUUUGUGUAUAUUAUGGUUGUGGGAUCAUCCCCGCAUCAACGCAAUAGCAUCAUUGGAAAGUCUUAUGAAAAAUUAGUUCGGGUCCCGGUAAUAUGUGGGGUUGCCAGUUUUAGUCUUUGUUACUUUGGUAAUCAACAAAAGGGUCGCGAGGCCUAUGAAAAGUGGUGGGAUCGUACUUCCAAAUAUCGUGAGUGGUUUUUGGUUUUAUUUUAUAUUGCGUUAGUUUGGCCUAUAGAGUAUCUUUACCUUCUCCACGCUUUACCCGAGCUGAGGGCCUCCACGUUAUCGAAAGCCCUUUCCUGGGUGCUGGUCCUUUCCUCGGAAGUGUUUUACGCCCUGGCCGUUUUCACCAAUCCUGGGAAAGUGACGCCAAGGUUGGAGCGAGAAAAGCAGACGGAAUGCCUUUCCCACAGCAGGAAUGCCAUACCUACGAAACGAAAAAGAGAGAGUCGGUCCCCCCAAAAAACAAAAAAUGGCAAGGCAAACUCCAUUGAGCCGUUCAAAACAUUACACCAUCACACCCAAAAGCAUUUUGGGCGAGGAUGGCGUCUGUUUUCACUUCGGAAGGAGGACGAAUAUGUGUUGAACCAACAUUACGCCAUUGAUGAGAUUAUUUAUCCCUCCUCGGCAUAUUAUAUCCCGAAAGGCGACACCGAGCCGAGAAAAGAGCCUUGUAAAGAUCCAGGGAAUUUCACAAUAACCGGUUUGACCUGCCCCACCUGCUGUAUUCCGCGACCGAGUCGAAGUAAACAUUGCCGGUAUUGCGAUAUUUGCGUUCGUCGCUUUGAUCAUCAUUGCCCGUGGAUUAAUAACGAUGUGGCGGAGGGCACUCACCGCUAUUUUAUGGCUUUUUUAUUUUUACAUACCAUCUCUUGUUUGUGGGCCUCUUCGGAUCUAUUUCGAUGCAUCAAACAAUUUCUACUUCAACAUAACGCGUGGGGGUGGAAGCUGCGUUUUAGUAAUGGCGAGACCAUUCCCAUCCGCUUCAUCGAUUAUGCAAAGGUGCUUGCCUUUCUUCAGACUCGCAAUGUCUUUCUUUUCUGCUUUGGAAACGCGAUGAGCGUUUUUCUGUACUGCUUUUUCAUCUAUAAUUUGAGAUUUGUCAUACAAAAUGUCACGAUUAAUGACCUUAAUAAAAUGGAGGACCUUGCCGAUUUCGUGACUGAAUUACCAACUUUGGACUUGGUUUAUCAGGAAGCGAUGCGGUACUGCCAACGGCUUGAGAAAGUGGCUUUACGAAAGCCAAGGGCACUUUACAAAUUGCCCAAACCACCUCACCGAUGCGAACCGGGUUAUGAAGAAGGCGGUAAGAAGAAUAAGAAAUAUCGCGAUAACGCUCGAAAGCUAUUGUUAACCGAUUUACGAGGUCUGUUCGACCGCGGCGUUUGGAAUAAUCUUAAAGAGGUGCUUUUCCCAUAUAAAGGAUUAAACGAAGCGCGGGUUAGCGCCACACAGCACACUGAGUCUUUGUUUUCAUAG